AUGGCAUCUCAAGCAUGCGCUGCUGUUUGCAAGGGAUGGCAAGUCGUCAUCGAGAGCCAAACUUUCGAGACCCUUACAGUGGACUCUAGUUCCAUAGAAAAGUUUGGAGAGAUCUUCAUCGGUAGUGUGAGGCGUCAAGCAUGUCUCAAAAACUUGAUAUUCACCAUAUUGCUGGAAAAAACCGUGUCUUCCAACAUAACGCGGCGGUUCUCCAAAAGUGCAGCAUCCGGUCAAAAUUCAAAAUUCACUUAUGAUGUCUUAAUGCUAUUCGGAAUUCUUUGUCUAUGGGAUGCCGACGAAAUCUUCAGAAUUAACAAAUCGGGACUAAGCCUGGAGAUUGCCGUGGAUUAUCGAAAGAACGAGAAAUAUGAUGACUCGAUUCAGAUAGAAGGUGUUUGGGGGUUCCGCAAAUUAAGCUGGUGCUUUAGAAACGCGACCUACCUUCCCGAGAUUGAGAUUAUAACCGACUUUCGAAUCCUACGUCGGGUUUUGGGCGAUAUCGAUGAAGCUGCCCGUCUCAAGAUCAUGCACUUAUCGUCAUGGCCCACAUCUCUGCGAAAGAUUUCGAUUUUCCAGCCGACAAACCUUGAAACCGAACGAGGAAACACCGAUAGUAGUAGCGAGUACGAUAGUGAUGACGUAGACAGAGAUCCCACCAUAAAUGAUAGAAUUUGGACUCUCCAGUGGGAUAUCUCUGCCGAUAUGGCCCUGCGCUGCCGUAGACUGGAAGGACUCGGCAUUUGUAACACCAUUGAAGCAACGACGUUCUUCAACUUCCUUCAACCCCCGCCGACCCAACCAAUGUAUAGCCGAACUCUCAGCCCUGGUGUCCAACCAAUGCGCAGUUGGGACACAUUACGCUUCCUGAGCCUCACAGCCUCCAUGAUUUCCCCUCAAAAAAUUUGCGACCCCAAUGGGCUCAAAGGGCUCAACAAUCUCUUGGCCAGAGUAGCUCGAUUGGCCGUAGAGAUGCGAGCGAUGAAAGCCCUUGAAUUGUUCAACGCAAGCAAUACAGACGCAGCCAUUUUCCGACUUUUAGUAACCCAGCAGCGGGCUACGAUUCAUUGGAUUGGUACUUGGUCGUUCAGCAUGGAUGAGGAUGUGAAAAGACUAUGGGAAUGUACCACUAUCGGCGACGGUACGAGUCCCGAAUUUGCCCCGGAGGGAAUCGUGGCUGAGUAUAAUGAUCCUACUAAUUUUAUUGUUACACAUCUGUUGACACGAGGCAUUAUAUUCCACCCUUCAACGAUAAUGGAUAUCACCGGAACCAAGGAGUUCAGAGAUCCGCUCGUAGAACUGGGACUCAAAUCUCCAUACCCAGAGUAUAUCACAGAUUCUACUAGGGAAAAGGCAUGAACAUAGAAGGGACGCUAGGUCAGCAUACGACGAAACCAUGACGACUGAGCUGUUAUAUCGAAUCGCAAACUUGCUUUGCGGGAAGUCGGCCGCCAAAUUCAACUAUCGCCGGAAUUGACACUUGAGCGGGGAUUCGGCGAUGAUAUGUGCAUAGCUUUCCUAUUUUAUUCUAGAUAAGAAUUUGAAGAGCUUGAUUGCUUUAUUGCUCUAAGUUAAUGCUCAUUCAAAUGGCGUGUAAUUAUUUCACUGAGCAAAUUUCAUACAUAUGUGG